AUCCAAGGAGCUAAGCACUCACAGAAGAGACCAUUCCAAGGACUCUUGCUGGUUAUUUUCUUUGCAGCUCAGGAAGCUAAGCACCUGGAACCACAGGUACCUUCAUCUCAGCUUGUGUUUUCUAAGGGUACGAAGGAAACCCAGCCUGAUUUCCUCCUCCAGCAGAAAGGAAGCUGAGAGAGUGGGUAGGUCCCACUCACCCCACCCACUGCAGAGGGCACUACAAAUGCCUCCAUGCAACCUGCCUCUCCACAGCACUGUGCUCCAGAGGCCACUCCUGUGUGGACGCCAUGGCAGCCCAGGGCCAUCUACUCCUUGCUUGUGUGCUGGUCUUGGCUGUCCCAGGCCACUCCCUGCAUAUGCAAACCCUAAACAUCUUCAAGAAAUCUCCCUCCAACACUUCGGCGAGUGCUCUGAAGAAAACCAAUUUGCCUGCUGACUGCAGCGAGGUCUCUUCUGGCAGCCCCAGCGGCGUCUACUUCAUCCAGCCCACCGGUCUGCAGCCCAUCAUGGUGUACUGCGAAAUGAGCGUGGCAGAUGGGGGCUGGACGGUCAUCCAGAGGAACCGGCAGAGCACCGAGAUCACCUGGGCCGAGUCCUGGACCACCUACAAGUACGGCUUUGGGAACGUGCACACCGAAUACUGGCUGGGCACUGAGUACAUCCAUCAGAUCUCCAGGCAGAAGGUCUACCGGGUCAGGUUUAUCAUCUGGGAUGCUGCAAACUAUGCCAGGUUUGCAGACUACAACCCCUUCAGUGUGGAAGAUGAGUCCCAGGGCUACCGGCUGAGGCUGGGAGUGUACUCAGGGACAGCAGAGGACGCCAUGUCCUCAGACAAUCCCAGGAAAGUGCACAACAACAUGAAAUUCUCCACAAAAGAUCGGGAUCAGGACACUUACAGAGGGAACUGUGCCUCCCACUCUGGGGGCGGCUGGUGGUACUCAGCGUGUUAUUCUGUGCGGCUGAAUGUCAAGGAGGGCAUAACGUGGGGCAGCCUGUGCAAUGGGAACUGCAAAGGGUCUGCCAUCCUCAUCAAACCAGCUCCGCACCAGUAGUGUUCUUUCCCCUCCUGUCUGCACCGGGCACAUGGCCAGCCCAAUAUCCCGCUGGGGCCUGCUUUUCUGGCUGCAGGGCUGGGGGUGAAUGGGGGUGUUCCUGUAUAUCAAGAGCUGGUUUAUUUUCCUCUUCCCUUGAAAAACAGCAAAGCUCCCUGCUUUGUCUCUGGCUUUUCACCUGUGGUGGCUUUUUAGGGAUCAUUAUUAGAACAAGUCUUUAUAAAUACUGUGGUUUCCAAGCGUGUUCCUUGUGGGGAGAAAAUUGUGCUCAGAAACCUGAACCCGUCCUGAACUUAUUAUUUCGCUUUGAGGGUAUAGAUGACUUGAACAGAAAAAUAUCAGUCAUCACUAGCUAACCUGAUCUAAGCUGCUCUGAACCCAGGUGGGCCAUGUACACACCAUAUCUCAGCUGUAGUCUGUGUUCACCCUGCAGAAUAAAAAUGCUUUCAGAACCUGC